CAAAACCCUAGAUUUUAGAACCAAUUUAGCUAUAUCUCCGCCACAUCACUCUCUAAGCUCCAAUGGUUGUGGCGAUGGCGCUCCAGGCAUCGCCGGCGCAGGCCUCGAGCGUGAAUGCGGUGCGCCUGGGAUUCGUGGCAGGAUCGUCGCCUCCCGGGAAAUGUAGAUUAGGGUUCGCGAGGAAUUCGCAGCAGCAGCAACGAGGAGCUGGGUCUCUGGUGGUGAGGGCGGCGAUCUUGGAAGCCCCCGGCGUGGGCGUGGAGCGCGUCGACAUGAGCGAUUUCGUGAAGAAGGCCAUGCCCGGAGGGAUUGCCGCACAGGACCUCUUGGGCACUGGGCGGAGGAAGCGCGCGAUUGCCAGGGUUUGCCUGGUCGAAGGCACCGGACAGUAUGUUAUCAACAAUAGGACUGCCCAGGAGUACUUGCAAGGAAAUCCAUUGUGGCUUUUCCACGUAAAGCUUCCACUCCGGAGCCUCGGCUUCGAAGGAAAGUACGACACCAUCGUCAAAGCGCACGGUGGUGGUCUCUCGGGCCAAGCGCAGGCAAUCCGGCUGGGGAUCUCGCGAUGCCUUCUCAAGAUCAACGAGUCCCACCGCCAGCCAUUGAGGAAGCUGGGAUUCUUGACAAGAGACCCGCGAAAGGUGGAGAGGAAGAAGGCUGGCAAGCACAAGGCAAGGAAGUCUCCUCAGUACUCCAAGCGUUGAGACGUAAAAGCAAAAGCAUACCUUUCUUGGUCUCUUCCUCCCUUUGCCAUGGAUGGAUUUGCAGCUCCAGCUUCUUGUGUGGUGCUGCUCAAGAAGAAACGCUGUUCUAUAAGUUCCUCAUUCUGUAACGCGCCCGGUUUGAUCCGUCU